AUGUCACCUUCUGUUUGCGCAACUGAAAACGGCCUAGUAAAACGUUGCUCGCCAAGCCUGGCAAGGAUGUUAGAUUGCCUAACGUACUGCGCGUUUAUUGCCCUUAAGCCCCGUUUAUUGCCAUCUCGCAUGUGUUCAGCAAGGUACUACAACAAUAUGCAGUGCGCGCAGAAGCGUGUAGACCUGCGGGAAGUGGCCAAGCACUUCACAUUGCCACCAGGGGUUGCGAGGCACCACGCGAAUCGCCCCAUUGCAGCACCGGCAGUCGCUACAGAGGAGAGCGAGUAUGAAUCACCUGCCACGCGUAGCUGGUCCACGGGGAGAUCUCGUGACCCAGGUCUUGCCCCGUCGUCUGCUUGGGUGGGCGUGGUUGCGGUGCCUGUGGUGUGCAGGGUUGCGUGCUUCCUACUGCUUCGGCGCUUGAACGAUGAGAUUAAAUGUCAUCAGCAAGACGGCAAAGUAGAAAAGAAAAUUGAGACCCCAGCGGUCAACGCCAAAGAUAGCAAAAGCGCCGAAACUACUGCAGAGGUAUCUACGUCGAUUGCGGGAAGCCCCCUCGAGAUCACGUCCGAUGUAAGGGCCGCUGCAACGUUCUGCUUGAUAGACAACCUACGUUCUGCAUGGUAA